CAGUGGUAUGUAUAGAUUUGGCCCCAGAACUGCAUCAGCAGAUCACACCAUACACAUACACAAUAUGAGGAAUUAACCCCCAUACCACAACUGCAAAGUGAGACAUCUGUGUCAUCGGCCCCUGAGUCUCAGUUUCGAGAUGUGAAAUCUGGCCAACUGACAGUUGAACCACAACACCAAACCAAAAAGUCUGCUGCACAGAUUUUUUGCAAAAUAAUAAAUCAGUACAUUGGAUCCCCGAUUAUCAGUCUCAAGGAAUGGAAGAAGCUCUUUCAGCCCUAUCACAGGACAUACAAGGAGAUAUAAAAAUGGUGGAGUUGACUCCAAGACCAUCACUUGAAGAUAUAAAAUCUGUGAACUUGGCCCCAUGUUCACAAAGCACCAGCUCUGAUAAGAUAGCCCCUGUACCAUUGCUUGAGGAUACAGAGACUCCAUUGGUAGAAGGUAGGAGUCUAAUUCCUGAGGCACUGGUGGAGAGUGUGGAAGUUGGUGAACUGAUCCCAAGCACACACUUUUAUGUAACAAAAUCUUUAGAAGCCACCCCCAAACCAAGUUAUCAUUUCCUAGAACCUAAAGGACUGACCCUACAGCAUCCAACCUCAGAAGCAAGGGUGACCUCUGAACCUUGCCGGCAGGUGGAAGAAUCUGCUCCGUUGCCACAAUCAUCAUUAGGGAUGACUCCAGCACCAUUGAGCCAGACCUCAGAAUCUGUGGAGAUGAGCUCACCACCACUCCAAGAUACUCUUGAACCUGGUUGUUCAAGUUGUAAAAGAGAUGGAAGAGACUCCAGAAUCAGGAAGUGCAAUUAAAGAUACUCUGGAUUUGCUACUAGAUUCAGAAGUGCAAACUAUGACCUCAGGAGUGAUGGCCCCAGAGCCACAGCCCCCAGAUGUGAAGUUUGUUCAGGUGCCUCCAGAACCGUGUGCAGAAGUUACUAACCCAUCGGAAAGAACUCUGAAACCAGAACAUGAAGACACAGAGACCUUCAGAUUGACAGUCUCUAAAGUCGAUGAUACCCAGGGAACUGUCAUAGACCUGUAUUCAGAAGUGAGAUCUCUGGAGUUUAGUCUAGAACCAGGAGUGCAAGGUGAGAAAUCAGAGUCCUUUGCCCAAAAUUUGGAGUCUGCAGAAGUAAUCACCGAACCACCCUUACAAGUUGUGGAACCUACAGGACUAACUGCAGGACCCAAACCACAUAUUAAAGAUGUGAUCCCAAGGCCACAGCUCCAAGAAGUAAAGUCUAGGCAAAUGGAUAGAGAAUCACAGUUGCAAAAUGAGAACUCUGUAAAUGUAAUACAACCGUCAUCUGCAGGAGAGGUAGAUCCUGAAAAGACAAAACCAGAGCCACGUCUACAAAGUUUAUCACCGAAGGAACGGAUUGAGGGAACACAAAUGUGAAAUCUGUGGAUUUAAAUCUAGGCCCACAGCAGCCAAGUGUCAAAUCAGAAUUAAUUUCAGGGCCAAAAUUGCAAAGUGUCCAGUUUCCAAUGUUAUAUCAAGGGCUACUUCUUCAAGGGGAAAACCCAGCAAAUUUCAUCUCAGGCCUCCCACAUUAUGGUGUGAAAUCUCAUGAUGAAAUUUCAUGUUUCCUGGGGCCAGAAACCACAUCAUCAGAUUUUAUCCUGGGGCCAAAGCUUCCAGAACCACAGCCACAACCACAACCACAACCUGGGAAGCCAGUAGACGUAAACAUAAGACCAUGCUUGCAACAUGUGAGAUUCUCUGAUGCGAUCCCAGAGCCCAAGCACCAAGAUUUCAAAUGUGUACAGUUCAUGCCAGGUGUUGAGCUUCAAGAUAGGAAGCCUCAGGGAUUGAUGCCAGAAUCGUUUUUGCCAUUAAGCCAAGAGACACAGGUUCAAGAUAAGAAGCUUGUGUUGCCUCCGGAAGUAUCAGAGUUUUGCAGCAUGAAACGUCCAAUCCCAGCCUCUGAACUACAACAUCCAAGAGUGAUAGCUAAGCAGGUCAAUCCAGGACUGUGGCACCAAGAUACCAAAUUUUCUGGGUUGGCUUCUAGGCCGAAACUAUCAGGGGUCAGAUUAGGGGAGCAAACUCCAGGAUCAUUGUCUCAUGGUAUGAGUCCUAUGACUCCAGAGUUAGGGAUACAUGAUCCCAAAUCAGCAAAGGCGACUCCAGGGCUACAAGACACAAGGCAGGUGAGUUUUAACUCGGGGCCAUGGCUGCAGGAUGUCAAAUUUUUUGAUGUAAUUCCAGGAACUCAACCUCAAGGUGUGAAGACUUCAGAGUUAAACUCAGGACCGCAGUUAGAGUGUGUAAAAAUAUUUGAGUUGACCACACAGCCAGAGAGGCAAGGAAUGAAGCCAGAGUUAAUAGUAAAAGAGCCACCCUUUAAAGAUAUAAAAUAUGUCACAAGGAAUCUAGUACCAAACUUUGAAGGCAAAAUGUCUUAUAAACUAGCAUCUGAACUACAGAUACCAAAAGCAGAAUCAAAGAAACUGACUCCUGGGAAACACUUAGCAGGUGUAGAUCAUUCUGAGUUGAUCAGAAGAACACAGGCACAAGGUGUAGAAUCUUCUACAUUGAUCCACAGACAACAUUUGGAACAUAUAAAACCUGUAGAGAAGAUCAUAGCCUCAAAGCAAGAAGAGUUAACGCCAGGGCCUCAUUUGGAAGACAGGAAAUCUAUGGAGUUAAGGUCAAAGUCAGAGCUGGGGAAAGUCAAAUCUAUGCUGUCAACCCCGGGGAUACAAGCAGGAGAUAAGGAACGUGAGGAGUUGCCUCUGGGCUCCAACUUGAAAGGUUUAAAAUAUGAGUUACCACCUUCAGGACCACAGUUAGAAGACAGGAAACCUGCAGUCUUAACUCUAGGACAAUGUCUAGAGAGGAUAAAAUCUACAGUGAUAUCCCCAAGUAGUUCCCAGUUAGAUGGUAUGAAAUCUGUAAAGCUGAUUCCAGGUUCAAGAAUUCAAGAUUUGAUAACUGUGGGGUUGGCCUGUUAUGCACGUGUUCAAGAUGUAAAUGCCAUGGGCUUAGAACUUGAACCAAAGAAGCAAGGGGAGAGUCCCGUGACUUUUGUACCAGGGAUGCUGUUUCAAGACAAGCCUAUGGAGGUGUUGCAAGGGCCUUAUCUACAAGAUGUAAAACCCAAGGAACUGACUUCACCGCCACAAACACAAGAUAGCAAACGUGUGAUUAUCUCAUGUCUGAAGCAGCAAAGUCUAAAACCUGUGAAUAGAGCCAAAACACAAGGGAUCCAAGGAGUAAAAUUCAUGGAUUUAGUCUCAACACAACAGUAUCAAGGGAGGGCACCCAUGGAUUUAACUCUUGAGCCCGGACAGGAUGACCACAUAAGCUCAACAGAGUGGAAAGGUGGGAUGUUCAGCCACCUGAACAAACAGUUGGAGUCGGAAGGUAUGUUGUCUGUGGGGUCAGAUCAAGAACCCAAACCUGCAGGUAGAAAACCCAUAGAGCUCACCUCUAAAGUACAAAGUAAAGAUGCACCCUCAUUUGAAUUGGCUCCUGAACCAGUUGUUCAUAAGGUAAAAGCUCAAGAGGGCCAAUAUGGGCCGCAGGUGCCGAGUAUGAGACCUUGUCCAUUGACGCCAGAAUCACAGGUGUACCAAGUGAAAGACUUGGAGCCAAUGUUAGAGCCACCGCUUCAAGAUGGGAGAACUGUGGCACUAAAUACAGAACCACAAAUUGGAGGUACAAAAUCUGUGCAGUGGAUUCCAGUAUCUGAGUUUCAAAGGGAGAAAUGUAUAGGGUCAAACUUUAGGUUACAGUCUCAGAGUGCCAGCCCUACAGAAUUGAAGCCGUCUACACAACGGAGAGGUGUGAGGUCAUCUGAGUUGACUGUCAGGUCAAAAAUUCAAGGAGAAAAAUCCGGAGAGUUUCAUCUUGAGUCACAGUUACAGCAAGUAAAAACCUCUGCGUUAGCACUAGGGCUGCAGAAAACUAAAACUUUGAACAAAACUUCUGAGCCACAGCCUCAAGGGAUCAAAACUGAUCAGCUAAACAAAGAGACACAGGUAGAAAGAUCCAUCCAGUGGACACCAAGACCUGAUAUGUAUGUGACAUUUUUACAAUUCAAUAGUUGUGUCACCAUCUCCAGGUGUCGAAUCUACAGAAGGGAAACCAUCCAUACAGCUGAGAGGUGGGAAGACAUCAGAGAUGGCUCUAGGGCCAAAACCUCAAGGAAAAAAAUCCGUGGAUUUUAACCUUGGGCCACAAGUACAGUGUGUGAAGACCCCUGAGUUGUCCCCAGGACCAGAGCUACAAGAAGGGGAAAACAUCACAUCAACCUCAGAGCUACAGUCUCAGUGUGUGAAAAGUGUGGCAUUACUUCAGGGACCACAGCUUGAAAAUACAAAAUCUGAUCUUUGGAUACCACUGUCUGACUAUCAAGUUAAUAGAUCUACACUGAAUCUUAGGUUACCACCUCAGGAUGUCACAGCUAAAGAGUUAAAACCCUCAGUACAACUAGAUGUGAAGACAUCCGAUCAGUUGACUACGAGGCUGAAGUCACAAGGUAAACAACCUUCAGGGUCAACCCAGGAACAUCAGUCUCAGAGGUCCAAAAGUAUUGAUUUUAACUCUGAGCAACAGUUUAGAAAUACGAAAGCAUGUGACCCAAACUUAAGGUCAAAAUCAAUAAUAUAAAAUUGAUAUUGAAACCCAGGUUUUGCUUAGAAGACAGGAGCUCUCCUGGAUUAAACCCUGGAAUACAGCCACAAGCAGUGAAUCCCUUAGUGUCAUCCCCAGGAACACAGCCUCAAACUGUGACACCUUCAGUGUUUAAACAAGAGUCACAGUCCUCAGAAGUGAAAUACGGAGCAAUAAGCCAAGGGCCACAAUCACAAAACAAUGUAGAGUUGAAAUGUGGAAAAUCUUCUGAGUUGGCACUUCAGACAAAGCCUCGAGGUAUGAAAUCUGAGAAGAGCUCCGGGUCCCAGUGGCAACGUGCAAAAUGUUCUGACUUGACACCUGAAACAGAGUCCCCAAAUAUGAAAUGUACUAAGUUAAGUUGCAGCUCACAGAUGAAAGGUAAACCAUGUAUUGAGUUAGCUACGGGUACCAAAACUCAACGUGUCAAACUAGGCUGUAAACCUGGGCCACAGUGGCAAGGUAUAAAAUCUAACUCAUUUCUGAGGACAAAGCCUCAAGAAAUGGAAAUGGAAGACUGGGAACCAGGCCCGCAGUUACAAGAUCUGAAAUCUUCAAGGACAAUCAUGGGUAUAAAGGUCCAUGAUGUCAUGUCUGUGGACUCUGGUCCUGGACCACACUUACAAGGUAUUACCUCUGAAGUCAUUACAGGGAAGAGGGUUCAUGGUAUGAAAUCUGUAGAAAUCAAACCUAGUUCAAAGUUACAAGGUAAGAAACAUGAUUUCACCCCAGGAAGAUGUUCUUAGGUACAAAAUCUGUAGAGCUGGACUCAGGCCCCCCUUUACAAGAUUUGAAAUAUCCUGAGCUGAUCAUGGGCAUGAAACUUCAAGGUGUGAACUCUAUGGGACAACAUGUCACAAGUAUAAAAUCUUCUGAGGUGGUAACACAGAUAAAAUCCCGAGGUGUAAAAGCAGUGGACCUCAAUUCUGGACCACAGACACAAAAUAAAAAGCCGUCUGAGUUGGCUCAAGGGAAAAGGCUCCUAGCUAAGGAGUCUGUAGAGUUUAAUCAAGGCCCAAAGUUACAAGGUGUGACAGUGGAGUCCAAGCCCCCAAAUGGGGAAUCAGGGAAGUUAAACUCAGGCCCUCAGUUACAAGAUGAGAAGUAUUCUCAGUCAAUUCUGGGGACAAAGCUUCAAUAUGGAAGAUCUAUGGAGGUCAGUCCUGGCCUAUGCUCACAGGGUAUGAAGUCUUCCGAAGUGAUUUCAGAGGACAAACUUCAAAAAGGGAAACCCGUAGGCUUUGUGUAUCAGCCACUGUGGCAAGAUGUAAAAUCUUUAAAAAUGACAUUUGGUAAGGCAGGGAACCUUUGCAGUUGGAAACCGCUCAUUUACAGGACAGGAAAUUAACUAUGUUAACACCAGAAUUACACCUUCAAGGUAUGAAACCUGAGUCAGUCAACUGUGCAUCAAAGUGGAAAGGUGUGAAAUCUGAGCCCACAUAUAUCUACACAAUGAAGGAUACAGGGAUCAAUCAUGGUUCAGAAUCACAGUUUGUGGGAUUCUCUAAGCAGGCCUGACUCAAAGGUUUAUAGAGUAGUGCCUUCUGAACUCAAUGCCAGAAACCAGAAGCGAGAUCGGAAGUCUCACAAAUUAAGUCAAAAGCAACAACUUCAAAAAAUAAAACAGAUAGCGUUCAGGGAUGAGCCACAUUUGCAGCAUAUCAAGUCAUCAGAAUUAUGUACAAUUCUGAAAUCUAUGGAAUUCAAUUCAGAGCAACCGUUGCAAGAUGUGAUGUCCUCUGAGUUGGGCCUGGGAACAAGUCCUCAGUCUUUAGAGGGCAACCCUGGGCCACAUUUGCAAGAGAUAAUACCUUUUGAGGGGCUCACAGAAACUAAGCUGCCAGAUGAGCUGUCUCUAAAAUUCAAGCAUAAGCCUAGACUGCAAGGUAGGGCAUCCUGUGGCCCGAGUGCAGGGCCACAGAUUCACUGUAAAAAUUUUAUGGCAUCCAACACCAGAACACAAAAUGUAGAAUUGUCUGAGUCGCACCCUGUUCCAGACCUUCAAAGUAUAAAAUCUAAGGUGUUCUGCCUGGGGCAGAUCCACCUUUUAAGCACCCCUGAAGGCCACGGUGAGAUUCGGUUGCAUCUUGGUUUUAGACUGAGAACUGGGAAAAGACCUCAAGUCUCAAAGCAUCGUGGGAGAAAAAGAGCAGAUACAUGGAAGAGCACUACAUCACCAUCACGAAGGAAAGCUAAAAUCUAUCCUCCAGCUUCCAAGAGUCCAACUACUCCAAGAGAUUUCCAGGCCCGAUCUUCCCAAAAAGUGCACAAUAGAAAAAAGCAACGGGGGGCUGGAGAGAUGGCUCAGUGGUUAAGAGCACUAGCUGCUCUUCCAGAGGUCCUGAGUUCAAUUCCCAGCAACCACAUGGUGGCUCACAACCAUCUGUAACGAGAUCUGGUGCCCUCUUCUGGCCUGCAUGCAUGCAUGCAGACAGAACACUGUAUACAUAAUAAAUAAAUCUUAAAAAAAAAAAAAAAAAAGAAAAAAAAGAAAAAAGCAACGGGGCAGCCAUGGGGUAGUCCGCCAGACAGACGCCAAAGACUCUGAGCACCAUGAAUUCCGUCAGGUUCACUCUGUAUCCGAGAGUGGCUUUGAAAGUAAUCAGGAAGAAAAAUGGUCGAAAUCAAGCCUCAAAAAGACCUUUGACUUAAACUAUCCAUUGAAGGAAACCAUCAAGGGACUUAAAACACAAAACACAAAGCUCUACAAAAAUAGUGAAACCCCGGAAGAGAGUCCUUUUAGAAUGAUGUGUCCAUCAAGAAGCAAGAGUAUUGAAACCAUUCAAACAAGCACUGUUUCUUCGAAGACACAACCUAAGAAAUCCUCUCAGCCCAAGUUCAUCCAGCUGCUUUUCCAGGGCCUAAGGCAGGCAUUCCAAAUAGCACAUAGAAUUGUGGCUUAUACUGGACAGAAGCCUGAGGACAGGACAAGGCCAGACAAUUUGAGGUCAACCAAAUACUUGCACCCUAAACAAAAAGCCAAGGGUUAUUGUUUAGCAGGAGAUAGCAAAGAAGCCAGCACACCAGUUGCCCAGCCAAGGUCAGCAGGUGUGAAGCCUAAGCAAGAGGACAGAUUGCAGGGAACAGGUGACCAAUGUAGACAGACUCAACAGCCAAAACAAGUGAGCUCUCUCCAACCCAGACCUUGGCAAUUGGAGACCAUGGCUUCGGAAAGAGAUGCCACUAUCCAUCUCUUUCAAACUUCCAACAUUUGAGUGUAGUUCAAAAUGUCAACGGCAUUUUGGCAGAGCAAAGAAAAACUAUGGUGAUGAAAUCUCCUAUCUGGAGUCUAAGAACUGUUCUCAUGUAGGAGCCAAAUUUCAGGCCCAAGAGAGAAUGGGACCUGACUCCCAUUUGAAGAGAUCCCUGAAGAGUCACUUUAAAGAGACACACACACCCAAGGAAGAACAACAUGGCUUCUUAGGGAGAAGGCCCUCCAUAAUAAGCCUUUUGAAAGGACUAAGCGCAUCCUUUGGGAGAGAAUUCAUGAAAGUCUCUCUGAGAAGAGAUACCACAGUCCUUCUCAGAGAAGGCAUAGCAGUCCCUCUGACAGAACCCUUAGACAUCUCUCUGAGAGGAGUCAUUGCAGUCCCUCCCCGAGACAGGAUAGUAGUCCCUCUGUGAGAACCCUUCAAAAUAUCUCUGACUGGAUCCAUUACAGUCUCUUUAAGGGGAUAGGUCGCAUUCCUUCAGGGAGGAGCCGACCCAGUCCUGGGAGACGCCCUAGGAGUCCCUCUAGGAGGUCUCUUAGUCCUCAAGAGAGAAGAGGACGAGAGAGAAGAGGACACAGUCCCUCAAAAAGGUGCCAUCUCAGUCCCAUCCGGAGGACACGGUGCAGUCCUUCAGAAAGGAGCCAUGGUAGUCUCUCUGAGAGGACCCCUUUCAGUCCCUCUGGCAGGAAAAGGCAUAAUUCUUCUGGGAGAGUCCACCACCUUCCCUCAGAGUCCAGGCUAUACAGGUCUUCUUCCAGACUCCACCGCAGUCAUUCUGAGAGAACUCACUACAGUCCCUCUGAGAAUAGACACAGUUAUUCUGAGAGGAGCCGGCAAGGUCACAACGAGGGACCCCAUCACAGUACCAAGGAGAGGCUCAGGGGACAGGGCUUUGAGAAUGGGCAAAGACGAAAGACGAAAGCUCCGGUAUUGUCAGCCCGCCUUCACACUGUGGAAAAAUAGGAUGGCACACGUUUCCUAAGAAGCGUCACCCACCUUCCUUCCAUUUGAAGUAGUUGCCCGUGAGAGCUUCCCGUCUAGGCACAAGGGGGAGUCAUCUCUUUGUGGAUGAGGUUCCAAGGUCCCUGGCACUCACUCGUGUGCUUGUGAUUUGCUAGACCCCGAGACCCACAGCCUUUAAGCCACAGAGGAGCACCAGGAUCGUGGGAGCUAAGAAAUUCAAACUGUUUGCCUGGGCCUGUGGACUACAGCCUAUUGGACAUUCCCAUGCAGUCAGACAGGCCAUUUCUGUGUGUGGUCACUGUUGGUGACAGGAGCAUAAAUAAUACCAAGGACAGAUCUCUGUACCUGAAGAUUUCUCAUGCUGAAGCUUCCUGUGGGUUAAAAUCUCAAGAACAAAAUUGUGGAGUCAAAGGGAAUAAUCGUUUUAGGACUCCAGUGAGUUAGAUAUACUCCAAAAGGGUGCAGUAGGUGAGAUGCCCACCAGGAGUACAUAGAGAUACUCAUUUUACUAUAUAAAAGGGCAGUAGGUUAGACACCCACCAGGAGUACAUGGAGAUACUCAUUUUACCAUAUAAAAGGGCAGUAGGAUAGACACCCACCAGGAGUACAUGGAGAUACUCAUUUUACCAUAUAAAAGGGCAGUAGGUUAGACACCCACCAGGAGUACAUGGAGAUACUCAUUUUACCAUAUAAAAGGGCAGUAGGUUAGACACCCACCAGGAGUAUGUGGAUAUAUUCAUUUUAUUCUGUAUUACCAUCACUGGAUGAAAAUCUCUGAAAACUGUUCUACAAAAGGUAUUUUUUAACGGUAUCAUUGAAAUUAAACCUCACCAUUUCCUUAAA